AGUCACAGACUACAUUCUCCUCGUCUUUCUUUCUUAUUUUAUUCACCUUCUACUCCGCAGCCACCAAAAGCCAUUUAAAGGAGGAUAAAUUAAAGUUAAAUAUUUAUUACCCCCCCCUCACAAAUGGUGGCUGAUCCUCCCCUUUCACCUCCAAAAGUACACACCCCGAAUCGAGUGGGUGUAAAAUGUAAAAUUAAUUGUUCCACUAAUGACGAGCACAGGAUGAAAAAUUAGAGAAUAUUAAAGAAAGAUAGAAUUCUGAUAAUUUCCAAUUUAUAACGAAUUAUUUAAAACAAUGGGAAUCUCACGACUGAAAAAUAAUAAAAAGGAGGUGAUUGCCUUAUUUGCGAUCGGGUUGUUGUUCGGAUCUUCUUGCGAGGGUGCGGCGACCAAAUCUGGUCUUGUAAAAAAAGUGUUUUGUGAAUUUUAUGAUAGUAAUUUAAAUGACUUUGACGGAGGUGGUGGUGUUGGAGUGGAAAAUGGAAGUUUGAAUUCAUUUUUGCAGUCUGAAGGUGGUAAUGCAGAAAAUGCAAGUGAUACCGAUGUGGAUAUUGCCAAGAAAAUGAUGGUUUGUGGUCGAGAAUCACAAUUUUGUUACGCUUUAUGGACAACGAGUGGGGCUGGUGGAGCGAAUAGUACCAACAACAACACGGCCAAUAUUUCAGACAUUAUUCCACAAUUCCUUAAACAAGGAUGUUGGGAAGCCUCGCCACCAUCGAAUCCGAUUGAUUCCUCACCCACGACAUCACAAUCGUCGCCACAAUCUUCUUCACAAUCCGUUCCCAAGAACUCUGGUUACUGUCAACGCCCCAACUGUACUGCAUAUUACAAGAAGAAAGAAGGCCUUCCCGUCCUUCCUCCGAACCAUAUGCAUUUUUGCUGCUGUCAGGGGAAUUACUGUAACGCUGACGUGUAUCUCGAAGCCAUUGAUGACGAUGAUGACGAAGGGGAAGAUUACUAUGAAACAUUGAUCCCACCGGAAUCAUUAAACAGUAAAAAUUCAAUGUACAUGGCAAUCAUCAUCUUUCUCGUGGUGAUUUGUACGGUUGGACUUGGAUUGGUCGUGGCAAGAGUCCUCCUUGGAAAACGCCUGUUCAAGAAUAGAAAUGGGAGUGCGGCUGGUGGUCCAGGAGGAGAUGGGGAAUUGGAUCCACAAGAAGAGGAGCGAUUGAUUAAUAAUGAUUUUAUGAAUUUAAAAAGAUUCAACAAGAGUUCUCCAGACUCGUUCGAUCUCAAAAUCGAUCUGGAAUCAGUGUUGGACAGAGAAAUUGCAAACGGCCGAUGGGGACGAAUCUAUUCGACAAAGAAGAUGACGAAUAAUCAGCAUCAAUUUUUGAACAUGAACAGCAUAGCAUUGAAAAUUUAUAAUCCUGACCACCGUGAAUUUUUUGACAAUGAGAAAUUUGUGUAUGAAUGUUUGGGCCAAGAGAAUGAGAAUAUUUUGAAAUAUUACGGCUGGACUGAAAGUCCGACUAGUUUAGUUUUAGCUUUCGAUUUAGUGGAUUGUAAUCUAAGAGAAUUUUUAAAGACUCAAACUUUUACUUGCCAUGAAUUAGUCGAUAUUCUUUUGGGAAUAUCCAAAGGGGUCGCUUAUCUUCACAAUGGAGUUUCUGAAGCUUCGACUGCCGUAGCUCACAGAGACCUCACUUCACGGAAUAUCCUGUUGGACAUGAGAACCAAGCGUGUGUGCAUUGCGGAUUUUGGUUUAUCCCUGCUGACCCGUGGAAGUAAAUAUUAUUGGGGUGGUCGUGAACGACAAGCGGAAUUCUGUUCCCUCGCUGAGGCAGGAACGUUGAGAUAUUUAGCUCCAGAAUUACUGGAGGGGGCCGUAAAUUUGAAAGACUGUGAGAAUGCACUCAAACAAGCGGAUGUCUAUUCUAUGAGUUUGAUUUUGUGGGAAGUGGCGAAUUCAUGCCGAGAUCUCAGAAUUUCCGAAACAGUGGAUUCAAUAGAAAUUAACAACAUGUUACACGCGCUACCUUACGAUGAGGAAGCUGGUAACAAGGACAUAUUAAACCUUGAUGACGUUGUCCGCCUCGUCGUGCAGAAUCGUAUUCGUCCUGGUUUCCAUUCAUGGAGUGACAUGGGACUCACACGUGCUUUACGUGAUUCUUUAAAUGAAUCUUGGGAUUCUGAACCGGAUGCGAGGUUAACAUCCCUCUGCAUCGUAGAGCGAAUACAAGAAUUGAAAAUGAAUUUGAAUAACAAAUUCAUAACCAAAAGUAUGAAAGCCUUGGAAAAGAAGCGUGUCGUUUUGGCUGAAGAUCCCGCUUGGAUAAAUCGAAAUCCAACCAUGGAACGAAAUUUAUUUGAUAAUGCGUCGGGAAGUGUAACGGAUACCAACAGCGUUGUUACAAUGGCUACGAAUUUAUCCAGUGGGGGAUCAACUGAUGGAAAUCAUGAACAUAAAUUUAUUAACAAUGUUGCAUUAUUGUCUCAACAACAUCAACCAUCUCCACUACCAAACAGUCAACAAUUACAACCACAACCACAUUUUAAUCAGCAAAAACCUAUUCAAUUAAUCCAAAAUAUUAGUCGAAAAUAAUCUCACACUGUUUUUGGUGAAGAAAAAAAUGCUAAUAUAAAAUGACUCUGUUUUUGGUUAAACUACUUGCAAAAUUAUAUGUUAUAUAAACUAUGAUUAAGUUUUUCUCGGUUUAACUGAGAAUUUAGGAAAAAUCGCUUGUUAACAAUUUUAAAUCGUUAAAUAAAUUAUUUAUUAUUACGCGA